AUGCGUCACCUGGAACAGUUAGAGUCAUUUAGACCAAUUCGCGCUGGAAAUUCAAAGGAUCUAGAGAAAUUUGCAGACAUACUGGAUGUAGCUGUUGUUAACCUAAAGGAUACAGGGUGGACAGAUGAACUUAAAAAUGGCUCUUUGUAUGUGAAGCUGCAGAAGAAAAUCCCAGAGACCAUGUUAUCUACAUAUCACAGAUGGGUGUUCGAAAAACUUUACGAGAAUGGGUCAUUCAGGAAUCUGAAUUUCGAACUGUCGCCAAUGAGACUGUGUAUGGUCUACAAAUGGAUUCUAACAAUAAUUCGGACGGGAAAAAGUGUGUCAGUAACCGAAUACAUCAGAAAGCAUUCUUUGGAAAUGCUAAGACCUUUUCAAAAAUAUGUCAGAUGUGUCAAGGACAACAAGAAACUUGAUGUGUCUCAGAAGUGGAAGUUUGUUCGUGAGUCAAAGUUGUGUUAUCGUUGUUUGGGAACAGGCCAUUUCGGAAGUUCAUGUAAGAAGAGUCGAUCAUGCGGUAUUGACAAUUGUUCCGAAACGCAUCAUAGACUUCUGCACAAUGGAAACCAUAAUGCUAACCGGAGUGCAGACAAAUAUCAGCACGGCAUUUCCACAUCAGAGUUGAGGCAAAACGCUCCAGGAUUUUACCCACAUAAAGAGACUCAGAAACCGAAUCCCUCAGUUAAUUCUGUUGAAGAUAAAAAUUGUGACACCCAGAGAUCAGUGAAGCAUGACAGAACUUUAACGUGUCAUGGAGAGGAGCCACAGUUCAUCGCAUUAAGAACUAUUCCAGUUAUUGUAAGAAAUGGGUCAAAGACAAUAAGAGUUAAUGCUUUGUUGGAUGACGCAAGUACACGAACAUAUGUCAAUUCAGAUGUUGCAGCGGAACUUGGCCUACAUGGAAAAUUGCAAAGAGUGACGGUUGGAGUUCUUAAUGACAAAACUGAAUCAUUUGAAACUAUGCCUGUAGAAUUCCAAAUAGAAAGCACUGACGGCAGGAUUAAAACAAAGGUGGAAGCCUUGACAGCAGACAAAGUUACUGGUGAUAUGUGUGUUGUGAAUUGGAGGGAGUAUCAAAACAAAUGGAAUCAUUUGAAAGGACUAGAAUUCCCAGUGCUAGGUAAACAUCAACUUGUGGACAUACUAAUUGGAAUAGACAACAGUGAACUUCACUAUGCAUAUCGAGAAAUCAGAGGUCGACCUGAUGAACCAGUAGCCAGGCUUACUCCAUUAGGAUGGACUUGUGUGGGGAAGAUUUAUGGUACCAAUGAGAAAUGUGUUCAGACUCACUAUAACAGAACUUACUUCCUGCACAGCCAAAGGAGUGAAAAAGAAACAGACAAAAUCUUGUGUAAAUUCUGGGAGAUGGAAGAUUUCAGUGAGCCAAAGAAGAAACAGUUGUUCAGUCCAGAGGAGCGUGCCGUAUACUCGAAAGUGAAGGAGUCGCUUAAGUUUGUUGUGGACCAUUAUCAAGUUCCUAUACCUUGGAAGACAGAUGCACGGAAUCUGCCAAACAAUUAUGACAUGGCACUCCAAAGAUUAGAAAAUACAGAAAAACGAUUGAUGAGGAAUGAGGAAGUGAGAGAUUCGUACUCAAAGACUAUUGAACAGUACAUAGAAAAAGGAUACAUCCGCAAAGUUGACCGUGAUGAAGAGAAAUCUGGGACGUGGUAUCUUCCACAUUUUCCUGUUAUUCGACCAGACAAGACCACUACAAAAUCCCGCAUUGUCUUUGAUGCUUCAGCUAAGCAUGGUGGUGUUUCACUACAUGACAUGAUCUACUGUGGCCCUAAGCUUUAG